AAACAGGAGGAGGAAGAGGAGAGGAGAGGAGGAGCGCUUCACUGGGUCUGUGGGAAAGCAAGGACCGAGGUUUCGGGUUUUCCACUCUGACUGGGCGGUGGGCGGAGGUGGUGGACGGUGUACAGGAACUGAAGCUUACCGGGAGGGGGUGGAUCACCAGGAGCUGCAGCUGGAAACCGGCACAGCAUCGAUAUGGAGCUGGAGAACAUUGUCGCCAAUACGGUGCUGCUCAAGGCACGGGAAGGAGGUGGCGGCAACAGAAAAGGAAAAAGCAAGAAAUGGAAGCAGAUGCUGCAGUUCCCCCACAUAAGUUUGUGCGAGGAGCUGCGACAGACCACAGAGAAGGACUACAGCAGCCUGUGUGAGCGGCAGCCUAUCGGACGGUUACUGUUCCGACAGUUCUGCGAUACACGACCCGAGCUCAGACGCUGUGUCAAGUUCCUGGAUGCUGUGGCGGAGUAUGAGGUGACUCCAGACGAGAGGAGGAAGGAGUGCGGACAGGAACUCAUCGACAAAUACUUCAACCCAAAGUCGGAAGACCAUGUGUCUGAGGUGGAGGCAGCCAUGAUGGCUCAAUGCACAGAGAGGCUGCAGCAAGAAGCCUGCAAGGAGCUCUUCAAGGACUGCACCAAAUUGAUACACGACUACUUGAGUGUGGCGCCUUUUGCUGACUACCUUGACAGCAUGUACUUCAACAGGUUCCUGCAGUGGAAGUGGCUGGAGAGGCAGCCGGUGACAAAAAACACGUUCAGACAGUACAGAAUUCUAGGAAAAGGAGGUUUCGGGGAGGUAUGUGCAUGUCAGGUACGAGCCACAGGGAAAAUGUAUGCCUGCAAAAAGCUGGAGAAGAAGAGGAUAAAGAAGAGGAAAGGAGAGUCGAUGGCGCUCAAUGAGAAGCAGAUUCUGGAGAAAGUCAACAGUAGAUUUGUUGUGAGUUUAGCCUAUGCCUACGAAACAAAAGAUGCCCUAUGUCUUGUGCUGACUCUCAUGAACGGCGGAGACCUGAAGUUUCACAUCUACCACAUGGGGGAGGCAGGUUUUGAUGAGACCAGAGCCGUGUUUUAUGCUGCUGAGAUUUGUUGCGGUCUGGAGGACCUGCACCGAGAGCGGAUCGUCUACAGAGACCUAAAGCCAGAAAACAUCCUGCUAGAUGACCACGGUCAUAUCAGAAUAUCAGACCUGGGUCUCGCCAUCCAUGUGCCGGACGGACAAAGCAUCAAGGGACGGGUGGGAACAGUUGGAUAUAUGGCCCCGGAGGUGGUGAUGAACGAGCGGUACACCUUCAGCCCUGACUGGUGGGCGCUGGGCUGCCUGCUGUACGAGAUGAUCGAGGGCCAGUCACCAUUUCAGCAGAGGAAGAAGAAGAUCAAGAGGGAGGAGGUGGAGCGGCUGGUCAGGGAGGUGCAGGAGGAAUACUCUGAGAAGUUCUCAGAGUAUGCCAAGUCCAUCUGUAAAAUGCUGCUGGUCAAAGAUCCCACAGAGAGGCUGGGAUCCCUGGGGGGUGGGGCUGCUGAGGUUAAAGGUCACCCCAUCUUCCGCUCCAUCAACUUCAAACGGCUGGAGGCCGGCAUGCUGCAAACACCCUUCAUUCCCGAUCCUCAGGCCAUCUACGCCAAAGAUGUGCUGGACAUUGAGCAGUUUUCUACGGUGAAGGGCGUGGAGCUGGACCCGGAAGACGAGUCGUUCUACAGCAAAGUGUCUACAGGCAGCGUCUCCAUCCCCUGGCAGAAUGAGAUGAUCGAGACAGAGUGUUUCAAUGAGCUGAAUGUGUUUUAUGAGGAUGGCGCUGUUCCACCGGACCUGGACUGGAGAGGGCAGCCGUCCCCGACACCCAAACAGGGACUGCUGCAGCGGCUCUUUGGCCGACAGGACUGCUGUGGUAACUGUAGCGACAGUGACGAUGAGCCCACCAGGCUGUGACACACACACCCAACGGACCACCCAAUUGAAAUAUGUUUUGUUUACAACUUUUGCACAACGUUUGCCAGAAUGUAUAUUUUCAGCAUAGUCAUAAUGUUUGAAUUUAUUUAAAAGUGUAAAAAAAAAAUCACUGGACAUGUUUCAAACUAGGAACCCAGACGGACAGAAAAUUCUGUUUUAAAUUUUAUCGUUUUGACUUUAUGUUCUAGGGGAAGGUUAGCCUUCGCUGCUCAGAAACUGAACUGGGUGCUGCUGUCGAGCGGCUCAGCUAGAACAAGAGUCUGCUGUAAAAAGUGCCUUGCUCGAGGGCAACGUGGCAGGGAUUACUCAGGGAGGAGUGGACGUUCCUCUCUCGUAGGGUCGGGAUAACCAGUGACUUUAAGCCCAUGAACUGUGACCACUUCACUCCACAUGCCCUCCACAAACCUGCUCUUUUUUUACUGGUUUUGUCUACUUCAGCUUUUUUCCCAUGUACAAACAUGCAGUCUGCUUCUGCAUAUUUUAUUUUUUCUCUUUGUUGGAUUUCUCCAGACAAUCGGCUGCUUGUUUCAGAGCAGCUCCAGGUGAAUUCAUUGAUAAGGUUCCAGGUUUACAGAGCUGCCUUUUCAUAUAACAUGGUUUUAUAUAAAGCUACGACAGUAAUGGUUUAUUCCUUACAGCUUGUUAAUAGAGCAGUUGAAUUCAUCUUAAAAGACCAAUAGGGGCGGGGGGAUGUUGAGAUGAUUUACAGAAAUUCAAUGAAAUUUUAAAAUGUUUUUUAAACAUAAUACAGUUCCUCAAAAAAUACUCACACCUGUUGAACGUCAUCGUAAUUUGUACAAUUGCAAACCUAAAAAGUAUUUUAUUGGGAUGUUGUGAUAAACCAACACAAAGUAGUGCAUAGUUGAUUAGUUGAAGGAAAAUGAUACAUGGUUUUAGAAAAUGAUUGCCAAUAAAUAUCUCAAAAGUGUGGUAUGCAUUUGUAUUCAGCUUCAAGAGUCAACAAUCUGUAAAACUACCUUAGUUUGUGAUUAUAGCUUCAAACCAUCUUUGAACAAAUAAAGACUAAAGAUUUUGUCCUCUCUUCUUGGUAGAAUAGCUCAAAACUCUGAUUGGAAGGAGAGCAUCUGUGAACAUCAUUUUUAAAUCUUGCCAGAUUCUCAAUUUCAUUUCGGUCUGGACUUUGACUGGGUCAUUCUAAAAAAUGAAUAGGCUUUGAUCCAAACCACUCCACUGCAGCUCUGGUUGUAUGUUUAUGGACAUUGCCAUUCUGCAAGGUGAACUCUGCCCCAGUCUCAGGUUUUUUGCAGUUUUGAACAGAUGUUCUUUCAGGAUCACCUUUCUGUCUUUAGCUCUAUCCAUCUUUCCAUCAACUCUUGCCAGCUUCCCUGUUCCUGCUGAAAAAAAGCAUCCCCCCAGCAUGAUGCUGCCACCACCAUGUUUCACUGUGGGGAUGACGUGCUUAGGCAGAUGUGCAGUGUUGGUUUUCUUUUCACACAGGUUUGGUCUAAUCUGACCAGACCACCUUCUUUCACAUGUUUGUUGCCCUACAUGGCUUGUGACAAGCUUUAUCUGGCUCUUAUCUUCUUGUUCACCAGGACUAGCCUAUACAUGCUCUGCAAGAACAGAGAAAUGUGUUCUCUCUCCCAGGAUUGCAGGAACAAAUAUACUUUAUUCUGUUCUUGCAGCCCUGGUUUAGUAGUUUUAUCAGUUUGUUGGUAACAUCAUCUGUGCAGAACUUUUUUCUUGUGCGGUGUCUGCCAACUGUUGUGUGAUUGGUCAAAAGUAGGCAUGGUUACUACAGUUGGUUGUGGUGAAUUUUAUUUAGGGGCACCAGAGUGAAGGGGGUUGUAUGCAUAUGCACACAUUUGUAUAAAUAUUUUUAAAACUAUGUAUCCUUUUCAUUCCUCUUUGGUUUUACACUACCUUGUGUUGUUCUACCACAUAAAAUAUACCGAGGUCUGAAUUAUUUAAAUCUGACAGAUUCCACUCUGUCAUUAUUUAUUAAAAGAAAUGUUGAUCUAAACCAAAUGGGCUGGCAUUAUUAGAAAAAUAUUGUUUAAAAUCCCUUAAAUUAUUUUAUUGUUUGGAUUACAUUUAAACCUCUUAAUCUCCUUGCUGCCUAUUCCUGCCCUGUAAAAGUGGUUUUAUAUUAUAAUAGUCAAUCUAAUAGAUGGACAUUUGUUUGUUCCUUUUAGUCCUCUUAUACGUUGAUCCCAAUUGUUUAAAUAAGGAAUAAACAAGAAGAAAAACAAGAAAUGCACAAUAAUGUGGGGAUGGAUGGAUCAAAUGUGCCUUCACUGAUCCAUUAGUCUAAUGUUUUUUGUUUUUUUUAAUAUACUGUUUAUUUCCACUGUAACCACUAUAAACCAGUUUGUAACUGGAAUUCCUUCUAUAGCUUUCGGAAAGAUUUCUGUUUCUUUCUUCAGUUUAUUUUCUUGUUUACAAGUGGCAACAAAAUGAUUUGACUUCAGGUAAUUAACCUGUUGUUAUGCCUCCAUAAAGAGACAUCCAUCUCAUCCUGAUCACAGCUGGAAUAGCGGCAGGUCUAACCAAGAUCCGGGUUCAACCCUGAGACUGCAGCGGGUCUGUAUGGAUGAUACAUUGACAUUCUUCUGCUGGAAAACCCUCGAAGAAUAUGGCCUCUGUUUGUAAGCUAUUAAAAUGAGAUACCUCUGACUGUA